AGGGGCCGGCCGGGCGGGCGGGCAUGCAGCCGCCGCCGGAGCCGAGCCCCCAGCGCAGCACGAAAAUGCCAGAAGCCUCAGAAGACCAUAAUCAUUGGAAGGCCUGUUGACUUCCGUUUUUUGGUAAUCUGGAACACCAUCAAUCUGGCAUGGCGCAGGGCAGUCAACAACUCGAUGUGCAGGUACUCCAUGAUCUCCGACAACGUUUCCCUGAGAUACCUGAAGGGGUGGUAUCUCAGUGCAUGCUUCAGAACAACAACAACCUAGAUGCCUGUUGUCGAGCCCUCGCACAGGAGAGCAACAAAUACUUAUAUAUGGAGUACCAUAGCCCUGAUGACACCAGAAUGAAUAGAAAUAGCCUUUUGCACAUUAAUCUGGGUAUUCAUCCUCAUACCAGCUAUCAUGCAGGGGAUGGAGCUCAACUUAAUGGUGGUCGUACACUGGUACACAGUUCAAGCGAUGGACAUAUUGAUCCACAACGCACAGCAGGUAAACAGCUGAUAUGCUUAGUUCAAGAGCCACAUUCUGCUCCCGCUGUUGUGGCAGCUUCUCCCAGUUACAAUCCAUUUUUCAUGAAUGACCAGAAUAGAAAUGCAGCUACUCCUCCUCCACAGCCACCUCCACAGCCAUCUUCCAUACAACCAGGAAUGAACACGUCUGCUAUGCAAGGCCCUCCUCCCACGUAUAUGCACAUACCUCGGUAUAGUACAAAUCCCAUUACUGUUACAGUAUCACAGAACCUCCCCUCUGGACAGAGCGUACCCAGAGCUCUACAAAUUCUUCCACAGAUUCCAAGCAAUCUUUAUGGGACUCCUGGCUCUAUUUAUAUAAGGCAAACAUCUCAAAGUUCUUCAGGACGACAGACUCCUCAGAAUACACAGUGGCAUUCAUCGCCACAGGGCCCAGUUCCACAUUAUACUCCCCGUCCUCUACCUGUGUAUCCACAUCAACAGAACUACCAACCUUCUCAGUAUUCUCCUAAACAACCCCAGAUCCCUCAGUCAGCUUUUCGAUCACCACCGGCAUCCCAGUGUCCCUCUCCCUUUGGUUCUCCUCAACACCAAGUUCAGCCUCCUCAGUUGAGUCAUCAGAGUUCACAUGUUUUCAUGCCUCCUAGUCCUUCAACUGUCCCACCUCAUCCAUAUCAGCAAGCAUCCCAGACUUUUCAAAAACAAGGCGGUCACUCUGUAUCGUAUCUUCCUCCUUUUGCUGGACCUAGUUUAUCCAAAGGUUCCAUGAAUAAAAUAGAAAUUACAGUUGAGCCACCGCAAAGACCUGGGACUGCAAUGAACAGAAGUCCUUCACCAAUAGGUAAUCAACCAUCUCAGCGAAACCAGCACCCGCUGUAUGCAGCCACUACUCCUCCUUCAAGCUCUCCGUCAAGAGGUAUGUCGGGUCAACCCAAACCUCCAUUUAGUGUUAAUCCAGUAUAUAUUACCUACACUCAACCAACUGGACCUACAGGUGCACCAACACAGUCUCCUCGGGUAAUGGUAUCUCAGCCAAACCCAACCACUUUUAAAAUCACAGUAGGUCGAGCACCGACUGAGAAUCUUUUAAAUUUAGUGGACCAAGAAGAGCGUUCUGCAGCACCAGAACCUAUUCAGCCUAUUUCUGUAAUCCCAGGAUCUGGAGGAGAAAAAGGAAGCCAUAAGUAUCAGAGAAGUUCUAGUUCUGGAUCAGACGACUAUGCUUACACUCAAGCCUUGCUGUUACAUCAACGAGCAAGGAUGGAGAGAUUAGCAAAGGAGCUGAAGCUUGAGAAAGAAGAGCUCGAACGCCUGAAAGCUGAAGUCAAUGGUAUGGAGCAUGAUCUAAUGCAGAGGCGGCUUCGAAGAGUUAGCUGUACAACUGCUAUUCCAACACCUGAGGAAAUGACCAGAUUGAGAAGCCUCAACAGACAGCUCCAGAUAAAUGUUGACUGUACACUGAAAGAAGUUGACCUCCUUCAAUCUAGAGGGAACUUUGAUCCGAAAGCCACAUGUAACUUCUAUGAUAACAUAGAGCCUGGUCCUGUUGUGCCACCAAAGCCAUAUAAAAAGGAGCAUCAAACCAGCUCCAAACAGACUCCACGGACUCAGCCAAGAGAUGAAGACUUUGAAGGGGCUCCAUGGAAUUGUGAUAGCUGCACCUUUCUAAAUCACCCAGCACUAAAUCGCUGUGAGCAGUGUGAAAUGCCACGAUACACCUGAAAAUCAGGAAGAGGCUGCAUUGGGUUGAAAACAGGCUCUCAAGCCAACAGCUGUAGGAGAAGGAAACAUGGGGAACCUUUCAGUCCAUCUGCCCGGCCUUUGCCAGUCAACAAUCUUCAUAUUGCAAGGGGUGGGAAUAAUGUGUUAAGAUGUUUCUGCUUGUGCUACACUAAACUAAAUAAAUUAAGAGUGAAAUUCUUUCUUAUGCCAUUGCAGUGAGCAAAGCAGAAAAUGAAACCUGAAAAUGUAAAAGGAUUAAUUUUGGGAAGAAUGUAUACAGGAAAGCAAAUAACUACUGGUGUUUAGUCCUGUGGUUAUAGUUACUGCUUAGUGGCUCUAAAAAAAAAAAAACAAAAAACAAACCCAAAAAAAAACCCCAACAAAAAACUGUUUUUUAAAAAAAAAUUAUAGGACUCUUAGUAAUGGUGUAAGAUGUUACACUUAACCAGAAAAACUGAAGAGCCAGAGCUGACUUAACCUGGCCACAGCUAGCUGGAAAACAAAGGCUCCCUGUGCUUCUAGAUUGUAAGCUACUGAAAAAGAAGACAGGUAAAUGCAACGAUAAAUUUUGCAAUGUAUGAAAAACAAGGAGAAGGGUAUUUGUAAUUGCUGCUUUUUUUCAGGGUAACUUAUGUCUACAAAAAAUUGCUGUUUGAAAUAGUAACCUAAGGUGACUAAAUGAGAUACUGUAUGAGUGUUACAGAGAGUUUAAUCAGAGGUAAUUUUUUACAAUCCCUUUUGCUUGUACAGUGCUCACCUGGCUGUGUCAACACUGGUAAUAAACUAAGAAUGAAUUCUACCGUAUCACGGAUGAAAAUCCUGCUGCAUGCUUUCAUUAGGCCGUCGUGUUUCAAAGCUAAAAGUAUGCUUUUAUAUACAACAAUCUUCUAAGCCUGUGCUGUGUAGCAGCACAGGGACAUAUGCCAAACACAGACUACUCCAAAUUUGGUUUGGAACACUUGAGCUCGGCCAUGGUUGUGUAUGAGAAGAGUUUGUACCCAGUUCCUUAGGCCAUUUCAGCUUCCAAUUUGUGAAAAAUUCAUGAUGUUUACAGCACAGAAGGUACUUUGUGCCCCAGUUCAAAGUUAGCUGAAAAAUAAUUAAUCAAUUAGCUCUUCAGUAAAGGUUUAUUUGCACAUUGUUAAUAAAUCAGCCUGUAUAAAAUAGGAGAUGCCAGAUCCUGAAAAAUCACACGCUGCAUUCUUUUUAUUUUGGUCAGGAAAUAUUUGCCAUAGGUUGAAGAACACGAGACUUGCAACUGAAGAUCAUACUGGUACUUUUAUGCAUAUGAUAUACUGUAUUAUAAAGGUGAUGUUCAAUUUGUUUGAA